AGCCCGUGCGGCAGGCUCCGGCAGCUCCAAGAUGGCGACUCCCAUGCAUCGGCUCAUAGCUCGGAGACAAGCUGAAGCCAAUAAGCAACAUGUAAGAUGUCAGAAAUGCUUGGAAUUUGGACAUUGGACAUAUGAAUGCAAAGGAAAAAGAAAGUACCUGCACAGGCCUUCCAGAACAGCGGAGCUGAAGAAAGCUUUAAAAGAGAAAGAAAAUAGAUUCUUGCAGCAAAGCAUUGGAGAGACUAAUGUAGAAAGAAAGAGCAAGAAGAAGAGGUCUAAAAGUGUCACAAGUUCCAGUACCUCGAGCAGUGACAGUUCAGCCAGUGAGUCUUCAUCAGAGAGCGAGACAUCUGCCUCAUCCUCCUCAGAGGACAGUGACUCAGAUGACAGCCGCUCUAGCUCCUCCUCCUCAGCUUACACCUCCUCAUCUUCCUCCUCCUCGGACUCAGACUCGGACUCCAGCUCCUCCAGCAGCAGCAGUUGCAAUACAGAGAGCAGCUCUGAUGAUGAGCCGCCCAAGAAGAGGAAAAAGAAAUAGAACUCUCCCUACACUGGACUAAUGGACCAAAAACAUCACUUUGAUUCACAGGGGAACUGAAAACAUGCUCAAGCAAGCAAGUUAGCUGGUCAGCUUGUUAGAAUUUGGAACUUUCUAAGUAUUCGCUAUUGUAUGAAAUAUUAAUAAAAGAUAUUAUAUAUAUAAAAAGACA